CAGGAGCCUAACUUAGAGAGGGAAGGGCCUGGCCCAGGAUCACAGCCUCCCUGGGACAUCACCGGCCUCUCCAGGAGGGUGUGGGCUUGUGGUCACUGGCUCCAGCUUGGUCUGGCCAGAGAGGCUGCAGGGGACUUUGUGCCUUCGGAGGUGAAGCAACAGGAAUGGUACUGUCAGUGCAGAGGUGGGGGGCUGCGAGCUGGGACUCUGGGGGCUUUCCAGAUUCCAAAAAGGGCAGGGGAUGUUAGGAUUUCUGUCCGCUAGGGAGGGCAGAGGUUUCCUGGAGAAUACAGGCACCUGGAAACAAUUCAGAAUCACUAUCUGACAAAGAACAAAAGAUAAAUUACACUUAAAAAUUGUAAAACCUUUUUUGCUUUAAAGGACACCAUCAAGAAAGACAAAACAACCCAUACAACGGGAGAAACAUUUGCAAAUCUAAUACAUGAUAAGGAUGAUGACGGAAAAAAUAAAGUUAACUGGGAGAAAGGCAUGAGUUUAGGAUUGGGGGGCGGGGGGUCACCUGUGUCUCAGGUGUCUGAUGCUGGGAGGAGAGAUCAGUUGGCCCGCCUGGGGCUCAGGUAAUCACCCCUGACUCCCUAAGGGAACUGAAAACCCUGUCUGCCACCCAUACAUACCCAGGGCUUGGGAGGAGGCUGCUGAGCAGAAAUGAACCCUUAUUGCCUGGAAAGCUACAACACCCAUUUCCUGUCCACAUCUGGCCUGACACAGGCCCCCUUCCUGGGACCAGGGGUUUGGCCUCCCCUGACCCCAUGGGGUCCAAUUCCAGUUCUCCCUGUGUGGCCUCGCCAUCUGUCUUAACCUCGUGAAAUAACAGCUGCUAGGAGGUUCAUGUUGGAGCUCUCGCAGCAGUUAGGUCUGAGAUAAGACUCACUGUGAGUGAGGUUCUCAGUACUUCACAGUACAGCAGGUUCUCAGCGUUUUGGUCAUUUCCUUACAUUGAGAUGCUCUAGGAGCUUAACUCCUUUAUAUCCCUUAGCCCCUGGGAAAAUGCGCUUCGUUAAACAUUUUACCGCAGUUCCAAGGACCAUCUAUUGAUGAGGUUACAUGAGGACUUACGUAGCUUCUUGCAUCACUGAACGAUGGUGUAAGUGCAGUUGUUUCCCCCGUUACGUGGACCAGAAACUGGAUGUUCAGACAGGCUUGGUCAUAUGCCCAAGGUCACACAGCUGGCAAGGGACAGCCCGGUUCAGGCUGGGCAUUGGGUUCCAGAGUCUCCAGUCCUAACUGGGCAGCAUGAAAGCUCCAGGCCUGUGGAGGCACGAUGUUUGGGCAGCUGGAAUCCACAAUGCUGGUGCUGGACUGAAUUUCCUCAUCUGUGCCCAAGGUCACAGCCAGCGAGGGAGUGAGGACUGAGACCCAGGUUCCAUUCUCAAAGCCUAGGCUUUCAUCACACUCCCCACCCUCCCGUCUCAUUUCUGCCACCAGUUCUCUUCUCCCUCGGACCCAGGGAUCCAAGCCCCCAGCCCCCUCCUUCCCCUGACCCAGGAUUUCCUGCCCCCUCCCCCAAAUUUGAUUCAUCAGUGGCUGCCUGCUCCUUCCCCUUCCAUGCCCAGCCCCACAGAAUUGAGGAGGGCGCCUGAGUUUCUGGGUGAGAUGUCACCUCCCCUCCUGGGGGCUGGGGGCAUCACAGAGCCUCCAAGCCCCACCUCCUUCCCCCUGCUCGCUGUGUGAAGGGGGAGAACAGCCCACCUCGUGACCAGGGGCUGGCCCAGCUGCCCUAGCCCUGGAGGAGUGGGCGGGGCAGGGGAGCCCUAUAAUUGGAGGAGUCCGGGAUCCCUGAGUCCUACUCAGCCAGAGCGGAGGCGAAAGACUGGUUGCUCAGGAGUCGACUGACCUGCGCUAAAGAUGAAGGUUCUGUGGGCUGCGUUGGUGGUCACACUCCUGGCAGGAUGCCAGGCCCAUGUGCAGGAGGAGGUGAAGCUGGCACCGGAGCCAGAAUGGUGGCAGGUCAGCCAGCCCUGGCAGCAGGCGCUGGGCCGCUUCUGGGAUUACCUGCAGUGGGUGCAGACGAUGUCUAACAAGGUGCAGGAGGAACUGCUCAGCAACCAGGUCACCGAGGAACUGUCGAAGCUGAUGGAGGAGACCAUGGGGGAGGUGAAGACCUACAAGAAGGAGCUGGAGAUGCAGCUGGGCCCCAUGACCCAGGAGACGCGUGACCGCCUGUCCAAGGAGCUGCAGGCAGCGCAGGCCCGACUGCGGUCGGACAUGGAGGAAGUGCGCGCCCGCCUGACCCAGUACCGCAACGACGUGCACACCAUGAUGGGCCAGAACUCCGAGGACGUGCGGGCCCGCCUGGCCUCCCAGCUGCGCAAGCUGCGCAAACGGCUGCUCCGCGACGCCGACGACCUGCAGAAGCGCCUGGCUGUCUACCGAGUCGGGGCCCGCGAGGGUGCGGAGCGCGGCGUCGGCGUCCUCCGCGAUCACUUCUUGCCGCUGAUGGAGAAGGGCCGCGCGGGCGCCAUCAACGCCAGCCAGCCGCUGCGGGAGCGGGCGGAGGCCUGGAGCGAGCAGAUGCGCGGAAAGCUGGAGUCGAUGGGCAGCCGGGCCCGCGACCGCCUCGAUGACAUGCGCAACCAGAUGGAGGAGUUGCAGGCCAAGAUGCAGGAGCAGGCCGACCAGAUGCGCCGGCAGGCGGAGGCCUUCCAGGCCCAAUUCAAGGGCUGGUUCGGGCCCCUGGUGCAAGACAUGCAACGCCAGUGGGCCGGGCUGGUGGAGAAGAUGCAGUCGGCCUUGGGCGCCAGCCCCGCCCCCACCGCGGUGCCCAGCGAGAAUCAAUGAGUGCUGGCCACGCCUGGUGGACCCCACUCCGGCCACCCCCGUGCCCCUCCCCUCUCCCAGCCUGCAGGGGCCCUGUGCCUGCCCCCACGGCCCCCCUGGGGGGCCCUGGCUUAAUAAAGGUUCAGCAAACUUCACAGCA